GAGACGUACAACUUAUUGACUAAGCAAAAACAUUGACACAAAAUUCAGAUCUCUCUGUCCAAGCUGCGAAAAUACACAAAAAUUACUCAGCAGGAAUGGCGCUAAAUCUCCGGCAGAAGCAAACCGAGUGCAUCAUUAAGAUGCUGAAUCUGAACCAGGCUGUGGGCACCGUCGGCGGAACGGCGAACGAGGAGGUCUACAAGAUCCUGAUCUACGACAGAUUCUGCCAGGAUAUACUCUCUCCGUUGAUCCACGUUAAGGAUUUGCGGAAGCACGGAAUCACGCUAUAUUUCCUCGUCGAUAAGGAUCGGAAUCCCGUCCUCGACGUCCCCGCCGUCUACUUCCUCCAGGCGACACCACAGAACGUGCAGCGGAUCGUCGCCGACGCAUCCAGAGCGCUUUAUGACUCCUUCCACCUUAACUUCUCCUCCUCCAUACCCCGCCCGCUCCUUGAAGACCUCGCAACCGGAACAAUGAAUUCCGAUUCGAUUCAGAGGAUCUCCAAGGUGCAUGAUCAGUAUCUGGAAUUCGUGACUCUGGAAGAUAACUUGUUCUCACUUGCCAAUAAGAAUUGCUAUGUUCAGUUGAACGAUCCAUCUGCUGGAGAUAAAGAGAUUGAGGAAAUUAUUGAAAAGAUUGUUGGAGGAUUAUUCUGUGUUUUGGCGACCCUUGCAGUUGUGCCCGUUAUUAGGUGUCCUCGUGGAGGCCCAGCUGAGAUGGUAGCAUCCUUGCUGGAUCAGAGAUUGCGUGACCAUUUGCUGGCAAAGAACAAUUUGUUUACCGAGGGUGGCAACUUUGCCAGCUCAUUUCAGAGACCGAUUUUGUGUCUCUUUGACAGAAAUUUUGAGCUGUCCGUGGCUAUACAACAUGACUUUAGGUAUAAGCCACUUGUUCAUGAUGUGCUUGGUUUAAGGCUAAAUAGGUUGAAUGUGAAAGUAGAGAAAGGUGGGAUGAAAUCAUAUGAAUUGGAUCGCACUGACCCAUUUUGGACAUCAAAUGGGUCUCUGGAGUUUCCUAGAGUUGCUGAGGAAAUUGAUGCACAGUUGAAUAAGUACAAGAAAGAUGUCGAAGAGGUCAAUAGGAGGACAGGCGGCGACGAAGCUCAGUUUGAUGGGACAGAUCUAGUUGGCAACACAAAGCAUCUCAUGAAUGCAGUUAAUUCUCUGCCUGAAUUGACUGAGAGGAAGCAAGUCAUUGAUAAGCAUACUAACAUCGCUACUGCAUUGUUGGGUGAGAUUAAGGGGAGGACUCUUAAUGAAUUUGCAGAGAAGGAGAGCGAAAUGAUGGUCAGAGGUGGGAUUGAUCGUAACGAACUUCUUGGUGUGCUCAAAGGCAAAGGGGACAAGAUGGACAAGUUACGAUUUGCUAUCAUGUUUCUCAUUUCAACAGAAACCAUCCCUCCAUCAGAAAUUGAGGCGGUGGAAACAGCACUUAGGGAGGCUGAGGUUGAUACGAGCGCAUUUCAGUAUGUGAAGAAGAUAAAAUCAUUGAAUGUCUCCCUGGCAUCAGCUAAUUCUGCAAGCAGGGGCAACAUUGUUGAUUGGGCAGAAAAACUCUAUGGGCAGUCAAUCGGUGCUGUAACUGCUGGUAUGAAAAACUUGCUGUCCAAUGAUCAUCAGUUGGCUCUAACCCGAACAGUUGAUGCAUUAAUGGAGGGAAAACCCAACCCCGACAUUGACUCGUAUCUGAUCUUUGAUCCCCGCGCCCCAAAGUCAUCCAUGGGCUCAAGCGGCAGCCAGAUGAAAGGACCAUUUAAAGAAGCUAUAGCAUUCAUGGUUGGUGGUGGAAAUUAUGUGGAGUACAUGAGCUUGCAAGAGCUCGUUCAUCGCCAGCAACCUCCAAAGCAUGUCAUCUACGGGACCACCGAGAUCCUCACAGGAGACGAGUUUGUGGAGCAGCUUGCAGUGCUAGGGCGGAAAAUGGGUUUAGGAAGUGUUCCACCUAGCGCUGGCAGCUCAAAUAGGUAAAUGUGUAUGAACACCAUACAUUUUUGCAGCGGUUGUUUCUUUAAAUGGAUAUAUAGUGCUUGAAGAUAUGCAUUGGACUUGAUUGAUGAAUCUGUGGAAAUUGCCUACACUUCACUAUACUGCUGUGUUGUUUAAGCUUGUGUAUCAAUGCUUAAUUCUUGUUAUUAGGUUAUCAUGUUGUUUUACUUUUACCUAAUUCUCUUCAUAGUUUGUUGCAUAUGGACUCAAGUCUUGUAUCAAAUUAUUCCUCUCUUUUUUCUCUCUCA